UACGCAGCAAUAGAUUCUGUUUGCGAUGAAGACUCGCGCUUUUCUAGUUUAUCGCAGAUGAAUGGGUUUACAAAGCGAGUCGAUAUUAUAACUGGGGCAAGCCCCCAUUUAAUUAGUCCCAGUUUAUGUCAGUUGGUCCCUACUGCUAGUUUGCUUCAGAGAAUGCCACCAAAAACCCAGCGAUACCGUCCGAACAUGGACAUCAUCCUGUUGCGCGAGUACAUGACAGUUCAACCUUACAAGUGUGGAACUCUCAAAUCCAAGCAGGAUGCAUGGGAGAAGAUCGUUGCGGUUGUCAAUCAGUUCAUCAAUGCCGGGUAUCCAUGUCAUCAGGUCUGUGUCACUGAGCGAGCGAGUCGCGACCGUGUCAAAACUCUGAUUGAGACCUUCAAGAAGGGAGAAAUGAACUCACUGAAGGCAUCUGGUACGGAUGAGGAGUACAGCGAACGUGAUGCUCUUCUGGCUCAUGUAUGUUCCAUAUUGGAAGACGAGGAAGUCAACAAACCGGACACCAAGGCUGACAUAAAGGAGACUGAACACACAGAGUUUGUCGAUGGAGAAGAAGUGAGGACCACACUGCCAGCAGCCAUGCAGAUAGUUAUAGGAAGAUCAGCUCACCAUGUUUCAGAAGAACCAAAUGACGGACCAUCAAGUGCCAAGAAGAAGAAAACGGCCGUGACUCAAGCCUUUAUUGAGUAUUUGAAACAGAAACACGAGGGUGAGCUGCAACUGAGAAAACAAGAAAUUGAGUUAGCAAGAGAAAGACUCGAGUUAGAGAGACAGGAGGCAGACAUAUUUUGGCGUCUGGCGGAAGCUGAAUUUUCAGAUUUUGCAUGAUUCAGCACUUGUUGGUGAAGCUUAAUUUCCAGAGAUUGUGUAAAUCUGAAGAUAAUACUGAAGCUGAAGUUUAAAAUUUUGCAGAUGUUGCCAAAACUGAAUUUUCAGUUUGCAGAUGUUGCUGAAGCAGAAUUUUCAGUCUGCAUAAUUCUGCAGAUGUUGCUCAAGCAGAAUUUUCAGUUUGCACACAAUUCUCCAAAUGUUGUCAAAACGACAUUGUGAAAGUUUGCAUAUUUCUGCAAAUGUACUGGAUCCAAACAAGACUGUUACUAUCUGGCUAACAUGCUAGAAUCAGAUCAGAUCCAUCAGCUUGUUUACGAUAGAAACAUUGUGGUAUUUGACAUAUCAAAUACUAGUUUCAAUCUGACGAGACCAUCUCUAGAUGUACCAACUGGUGUUAAGUACAUCACAAGCCAUUAGUUUGGGUAACCACACUUCUGUCUUCAAACACAAUCUGUUCUGGUAUCUGGAAUGUUUCAGGAAAGUUUGUGAAUGUUUGCCUUUGCUACGAGGAAUAUGCAGCAGCAUGGACUAUAUCUGACAACAUGUCCAAACUCUACCUCAGGUUCGUUGGUUCAAUUCUCGUCAGUGGUGGACCCCAGAUUUUACUUGGGAGAGUGUAAUUAAGAAAAAUGAAUUUCCAAAGGUGUCAGUUUUUUGGACUUUGUUUUUCUUAUAACUGCCAUGCACCACAAUGAUGUCUUUAAACAUAAGGAACCCAAAAAAAGAACAAGAAAAAAGUGGAUAAGUGAACAUACAUUUUGAUUUCAACUUAUUUCCAUGCUUAUAUCCAAUUAUGGUUCACAUACGCUGUUCUGAGCACAUACAUCAGCUGAACAUACAUGAACUUUAAGCAAAUUUAUCCUGGAUUUAAUGGUGGCUAAAGGUGGAAAAUAUUAUAUCAACCCACAUAAUAAUUUGAAUGAGAAUCAAAAGUAAAUAUUCUGUUGAUUCAUUGUAAGGAAUCAAUAAAAUAUUGUUUGAAAA